AAUGGGCGUGCCACUGCCCGUCCGCUCUUCAGCAGCCGGUCGGGGGCGGUGGAAAAGCGAGUGAAGAGAGCGCGACGGCGGCGGCGGCGCAGCUAUUGCUGGACGGCCAGUGGGAGAGCGAAGCCUGAGCCUCUGCGUCUAGGAUCAAAAUGGUUUCAAUCCCAGAAUACUAUGAAGGCAAGAAUGUCCUCCUCACAGGAGCUACCGGUUUUCUAGGGAAGGUGCUUCUGGAAAAGUUGCUGAGGUCUUGUCCUAAGGUGAAUUCAGUAUAUGUUUUGGUGAGGCAGAAAGCUGGACAGACACCACAAGAGCGAGUGGAAGAAGUCCUUAGUGGCAAGCUCUUUGACAGACUGAGAGAUGAAAAUCCAGAUUUUAGAGAGAAAAUUAUAGCAAUCAACAGCGAACUUACCCAACCUAAACUGGCUCUCAGUGAAGAAGAUAAAGAGGUGAUCAUAGAUUCUACCAAUAUUAUAUUCCACUGUGCAGCUACAGUAAGGUUUAAUGAAAAUUUAAGAGAUGCUGUUCAGUUAAAUGUGAUUGCAACACGACAGCUUAUUCUCCUUGCACAACAAAUGAAGAAUCUGGAAGUGUUCAUGCAUGUAUCAACAGCAUAUGCCUACUGUAAUCGAAAGCAUAUUGAUGAAGUAGUCUAUCCACCACCUGUGGAUCCCAAGAAGCUGAUUGAUUCUUUAGAGUGGAUGGAUGAUGGCCUAGUAAACGAUAUCACGCCAAAAUUGAUAGGAGACAGACCUAAUACAUACAUAUACACAAAAGCAUUAGCAGAAUAUGUUGUACAACAAGAAGGAGCAAAACUAAAUGUGGCAAUUGUAAGGCCAUCGAUUGUUGGUGCCAGUUGGAAAGAACCUUUUCCAGGAUGGAUUGAUAACUUUAAUGGACCAAGUGGUCUCUUUAUUGCGGCAGGGAAAGGAAUUCUUCGAACAAUACGUGCCUCCAACAAUGCCCUUGCAGAUCUUGUUCCUGUAGAUGUAGUUGUCAACAUGAGUCUUGCGGCAGCCUGGUAUUCCGGAGUUAAUAGACCAAGAAACAUCAUGGUGUAUAAUUGUACAACAGGCAGCACUAAUCCUUUCCACUGGGGUGAAGUUGAGUACCAUGUAAUUUCCACUUUCAAGAGGAAUCCUCUCGAACAGGCCUUCAGACGGCCCAAUGUAAAUCUAACCUCCAAUCAUCUUUUAUAUCAUUACUGGAUUGCUGUAAGCCAUAAAGCCCCAGCAUUCCUGUAUGAUAUCUACCUCAGGAUGACUGGAAGAAGCCCAAGGAUGAUGAAAACAAUAACUCGUCUUCACAAAGCUAUGGUGUUUCUUGAAUAUUUCACAAGUAACUCUUGGGUUUGGAAUACUGACAAUGUCAAUAUGUUAAUGAAUCAACUAAACCCUGAAGAUAAAAAGACCUUCAAUAUUGAUGUACGGCAGUUACAUUGGGCAGAAUAUAUAGAGAACUACUGCUUGGGAACUAAGAAGUACGUAUUGAAUGAAGAAAUGUCUGGCCUCCCUGCAGCCAGAAAACAUCUGAACAAGUUGCGGAAUAUACGUUAUGGUUUUAAUACUAUCCUUGUGAUCCUCAUCUGGCGCAUUUUUAUUGCAAGAUCACAAAUGGCAAGAAAUAUCUGGUACUUUGUGGUUAGUCUGUGUUACAAGUUUCUGUCAUACUUCCGAGCAUCCAGCACUAUGAGAUACUGAAGACCAAGAAUUCAGCAUUAGAACAUCUAUACAUAUGGUGAUCUAAAUGUACAAAAUGUAAAAUGUACUUAAGUCAUCUCACCUUUUGUCAAGACAUUAAACCAUCUUAGAUCGGAGUGUGAAGUAAAUUAUGGUAUAUUUUAUGUAACAUUUUAAUGUUUAUGCUCAUAAAACUUAGUGAACACACUGUGUUAUGCCAGCUCAAAUCUAUAGUAGCCACCAAAACCAUGACUUAAUAUUUUGAGCCCUAGAAGAAAGGGGUGUGCUGAGGACAAGAGUGGGGAAAUAGGAACACUGACCAGUAUAACUGUGCAAUUCUGGAACAUAUUAAUUAAAAUAUGCCUUAAAAUAUAGUGAAUUUCUAAUUCUAAUGUUCAGUGCAAUGGAAGACAUUCAUUUGGACAGUAAUACUAGCUAAGUUGGUAGAUAUUUGAUUCUUCAGUGUUUGUUUUUUUCAUUAGUUGAAGUGGGUUUUAGUUUUGUUAAAAUUAUAACCAACCUAUUUUCACAUCAUUCUGUAAGUUAAAUGGUAUCAAACAUGAAAGACAUGUUCUCAUUUUUCUUUUUCUUAUUAAAUGUCUGAUGCAUAUCAUUUUUCUAUAAGCAAUCAGUUGCUUUUAAAAUCAGAAGGCUAUAUUAUUCUAAUGACUCUAUUCGAUCUAAAUGGGUUUGAGAAUCCAUAUCAGCACCAUAACGUGUUUUUUGACAGAAAGUGAAAACAAAUUCAGUAAAACUGUUAGUAUUAAAAAGAAUAGGAAUACAGUUUUCUUGUCCACAUUAUGAUCAAAUAAAAAUCUGUGAGAUUGUUUAUGUUUUGAAGCAGGAGGAUUUCUUGAGACUUUGAUGGAAGUGGGAGUUUGGAGGGAUUCACCAUGCUUGUGUUCUCCUCCCUUUAUAAAUUUUAUUCAUAGGACUUUUAAAAGGCUUGUGCUAUCUUUCCAAUGAAAACUGAAAGUGCAUUAUUAUGGAAGAAUGUAUUUGCAGGUAGUAAUAACAUUAAAAAAAUGUACUCGUGUGUAAACACAUACUAAUUUUGACCUUGAAAGAUGAAUUCCUUCAAGAAAAAUAAAAUAAUGCUUAAGAUAAUGUGUACAAAAUUAAAUAAAGGACUUUAUUUACAUACCACAUAAGGUAGCAAACUGUUGAAUGAGUUUGAAGGUAUCAUUUAUUUUUUAUGCAUGUGGUUUUAGCUUUAGAAAGAAAUGCAUUCUAGAAACAAUAGCAAGAAAAUUGAUGUAUAUUUUAAUGAUACAUUAAAAUUCCCUUUUAAUCAUAAUAGUUAACCCUACUUACUGUUUUAACAUACAUUUGAUUUAACAAAUUGUUCAGCAUAACACUUCUAAUUAAGUUUAUCAAGUUGUACUGUAUUAAAUAAUCAGCAGUGUAUCUGGAGUAUGUUUAAAGAGAACAGUUUGCAAUACAAAAAGUUACAUGGAGCUUUACAUCUUAACUUUGUCAAUUUAAAUGCAAUGUAUAAGAAGUUUAUUUUGCUAUUGUGAAAAACUAAAUGUAAAGGAAAUCACCUACUUUCAUGCAGGUGUAUAAUCUUAAAAAGGAAAAAUGCUUCCAUGUUGAAGCCAGAUUUUCUGUAGUAAAACUUUUAAAUAUUAUUUUAAAAGAAAUAUGUAUAUAAAUAUCUCUAUAUUCUUUGGAAUGAUAUUAAAGUCUCUGGUCUAGGACCAUACCUUAUAUAAAGGUAUAAGAGACCAUGACAAUGUCUGAAAAUGGAAUAGAUAAUGAUGCCUUUUAUUUAAAGUGGCCCACAUAAUAUACAUUUGAGUACUCCAUCUCUCCAAAUGUAUUUCCAUAAUGUGUUGAAAACAUGCUAACAUUUGUAUGAUUUUUAUACUUCUGCUGAAUAGACUUAGAAUCAGAUGAAUUGUGUGUCUUGCAAAAGAGUUGGGGACAACUUGGGCAGGCCUAUGAAGUGCAUAAGGAGUAUAUGUCUUCUGAACGGUUUUAUUGUUCUUGUAAUCUAGCUUAAAGAAAUGUUAACUGGGAGGGUGCUGAGGCCACUGCAUUAAUUUGUGUGUUGAGUUCUGUUGUCAAAAGAAAACUAAUGAAUAAAUUAGUUUGUCAUUCUAGAAUUUAAAGUUCUAAGAUUAGUAUAAAGAGUAUAUAGAUUGUUAAUCCCCACCAACUAGACUUUGAACUUAAGUCAGACUUAAAGAUUUGAGAAAUUAUUUGUGUCAUUUACUAGACGUGAUUUUUAGUUCUGUUUGAUUAUAUUUCCUACACAAACUUCCUAUUUAACAGGAUAGCCUACUGAAUUAAAUGUUUCUUAUUUCAUUUAACUCAUUUGAUUAAACUGUAUUCUAAAACAUUUGGGGGUUUUCCCCCAUUCAGUUUUAAUCUUGGAAUAUGCAUUUGUAAAUUGUGAUGUCAUUGAAACUAUAUUUAUAUUUGACUUGGCAACAUUAACAUGUCCUAAGACUCAGUGCAGAGAAGCUUGGCAGUAUGUUCUUUGACUUAAGGAUGGCAUAAAAUAAUCAUUUUUGAACCUGUGUAAUAAAGCUUGAAAGCAGGGAAAAGAAUUUCCUUUUCCCCCUUUUUUUGUGUUGUCUGUAGGAAUUAACUUGGGAUUUUUUGUUUUGUGGGGUUUUGUUUGUUUUAAAUGUAAAUUGAGAAUCUUUUAUAAGAAGUAAAUAAAAGCAUUAUUGGGUGCCUUUGUUUGUAAACCAAAAAGUAAUAAAUGAAUCCCUAUAUUUCCAUUAUAGUAUUUAUUGUAUUUUUAUGUUCUGAAAAUUAUCCAUGGAACAAUAUGGCUAGGAUUACAGGAAGCAGUCCUUAAUUACACUUCUUGUCUGUUUUAGGCGUACUUGUUAAUUCUUAUGUCCUAAUUUUAUUUAAUUCUGAGUUGUUCACACAGCAUUUUAGGGAAAGCAUACAGGCAGGAUGAACACUUUGUGUUAAAGUGUUAUUUUUAUGUAUUACCUGGAAUGAGGCAGGUUUUUUUCUGUUUUCUAAAAAGUAACCAAGAUACCUCCAGGGUGUCAUUAGGUUCCAGCUGCUCUCCUCCACAUUGAAUGAUAUCUUGUUAAUUUAUAGGCACAUUUGUAGUAAUUUAUAUGUCUAUCAAGUAAGUAUAAGAGAUAAUUCAUUAGUAAUAGGAAUUAACUGACCCCUUUUGGACGGGGGAGAGCAUCAGGCUGGGGUCAGGUAAGUGUAAAUGGCCUUCUGAGCAUGCUCUUCUAGGCUGACUCCCAGCCCUGACAUGAAACCAUUAGCGCUAACUUGCUCUGUUUUGAGAAAAACUUUCCAACCUUUUGCAUGAGAAACUAGAAAAAGGAAUGUACGCCACGUAACUGGAUUACAGAAAUGAGUUAAUAGUCUCUGUGAUAAAAGAAAUAUAUGAAGUAUUUUCUUAUUGAAUUAAUAUUUUUGUCUUAAGCAUUUUCUAGUGAUAGAAUGUAUUUGUCUUUUUUCCUGGUGGUACCCUCUUAGCAUAUAUCUUUGCUAUCCUUAAGAUCCUAAACAAAUCAUCUUUGUCAGUUAAGUAUAGUUGUGCAAAAAUUGUUAAAUCCUUUGUCUUUAUUAAAGAAAAAUUUGAGUAACAUUAA